UUGAGCGUUUAAGUACUUCCGGGGUAACAAAGGUCGGCCCCGGCAAGAUGGCGGCCCCCUUGGAGCUCAGUUGCUGGGGAGGUGGCUGGGGGCUCCCAUCGGUGCACAGCGAGUCCCUGGUGGUGAUGGCUUACGCCAAAUUUUCUGGUGCACCCUUGAAAGUCAAUGUCAUAGAUAACACCUGGAGAGGUUCAAGAGGAGAUGUACCAAUUUUGACAACUGAAGACAACAUUGUUUCUCAGCCUGCGAAAAUACUAAACUUUUUGAGAAAACAGAAAUAUAAUGCUGAUUAUGAACUCUCAGCAAAACAGGGGGCAGAUACACUGGCUUACAUUGCUCUCCUUGAAGAGAAGCUUCUUCCUGCAGUGCUUCACACAUUCUGGGUUGAGAGUGACAAUUACUUUGCUGUGACAAAGCCAUGGUUUGCUUCACGAAUUCCUUUUCCCUUGAGUUUGAUCCUGCCUGGAAGGAUGUCUAAGGGAGCACUGAAUAGAAUUCUCCUGACUAAAGGAGAGCCUCCCCUUUACCACCUCCGAGAAGUGGAAGCUCAGAUAUACAGAGAUGCCAAGGAGUGCCUAAAUCUUCUGUCAAACAGAUUGGGAACAUCUCAGUUUUUCUUUGGAGAUACGCCAUCUACCUUGGAUGCCUACGUGUUUGGUUUUCUUGCACCUCUUUAUAAAAUAUGCUUUCCUAAAGUUCAAUUACAAGAACAUUUGAAACAGCUCUCCAACCUGUGCCGCUUUUGUGAUGACAUCCUAAAUAGUUAUUUUAAGCUUAGUCUUGGAGGCACCUCUCCUGCUGGUCAAGAAACAGUAGACGCAAAUCUGCAGAAACUCACACAACUUGUAAAUAAGGAAUCCAACUUGAUUGAAAAGAUGGAUGACAAUCUUCGCCAAAGCCCUCAACUUCCUCCUCGGAAACUGCCAACACUCAAAUUGACUCCAGCAGAAGAUGAAAAUAAUUCCUUACAACGACUAUCACCCUGACAGUCAUCAUGCUUUGUGUCCACAGUCAUGAUUAUUGCAGUAAUCUCUUACACUAAGUGUGAAGGCAAAAAGAAAAUGCCAUUAGUAGGUAUAAGGGAGACUCUAAAAAGAAACUUUCUAUGACAUCUAUUUUUUCUUAAUUAGGAAGCUUGUAUUUUGACCUGGCAGUGCACUUUAGAUAACAUCAAAGUGAAUGCUAAAUGAACUUGGGGAACAAAGAAAACAUAUUGUACUGUAUAUUAAAAAAAACCAAAAACCUGCCUUAAUCUUGGCAGAUUUUUGCCUUUAUUUCAUAUGUUGCUGACCAAAAGCUAGAAUUCUGUUCUGAAUGUGCACUCUUAUUUAUUCAAGUUAUUUUAUUAAUUUCGUUUUCUUAGAACAGUUUGAAUAUCUAAUAUGUGGCUCUUUGAGGCUUUUUUCUUCUGUUUAGAAAUUUGAUGACUUUAGACAUUAGGAAAAAUGUAAUAUUCUAAUAUUCUAUUCACUUCAAUAGAAAAGUCUAUUUAAAAAACAAAGAGGAAUGUGCUUUUUAAUUAUGCUCUCAGAAGUGUAAUCUUUUGGGAGGAUUAGUACCAUAUAUAUGUAUAUAUAUAAAUAUCAAAGGUGGUUACAUAUAAUAUUCAUCUGACUAUAUGCACUUCUGGUAUUUGCUGAUGUGUUCAAUAUAAGGUUGGCAAGGACGCUUUUAGUUUAUUGGGCAAAUGUGGCAGCUUUAGACCUGUGUAUUUGUAGUACAUUUUUAACUUUAGUAAUCUCUUUCUUGGAUUGAUUUCAGGAGAACUGAGUAUGUUGGUCAUCGUUAUUACGCCAGGCUGUAAAGUCUUACUGGAAUUUGCCCAGUUGUUAGACCUUCCUCAGCCAGAGUAAUAGAAGUACCUACUGUGUGCCUGGUCCAAGUUCACCAGGCUUGGUUCAGACCAGUGUUCUUUCAGAAGAAGCCUAUCAUGUAGUCAAAAGCGUUAUGGCAACUUAUUAUUUUCCAUAUAGUUAAACUACAACAGUUGAAUGAUCCAGUGGAAUAUGCGGAGAUAACAAUAGUUUUUAAAGAACAUUUUGUACUUAUUGGUUACUGAACUGUUGAAGGAUUUGUUGUGCAGGUGGUUUUGCUUAGAAUAGAAUCUUGCAUACUUUCGUGGCUGAGGUGCUCCUGUUGUCCUAAAACCACUUCUGGGUUUUUUUAAUUAUGGGCUCAUGUUUUUGAUUAGUGUCUUAAAAGAUUACUAUGGUGCUCAGCAAAUCUUAUCACAUCCUGCAGAAACUCCCGUGUUAAGAAAACAGUUUUGUAGUCAAGAGACUCCCCUAAUUUGAGCUGAAUGGAGCUCAGCUGUAUUUGACCCGCAUCCUCCCAGUUUGUUCAUGUAUUAGGUAUUAUACAGGAGUCUUUAAGUCACUGUAAAUAUUUUUUCUUGAAAGUUUUAAUUAAAUGAGAAACAAGGUAAUCUUCAAAAUCUUGUUCAUCUGUUUGGAUGCAUUUAGGGAAAGUAACGAGUUUCACAUCACUUAUACAACAGGUUUGUGUGUUUUGUAUUAAUUUUCCAUUAGACUCCAGCAUCCAAAACCUGUAUGAAUAUUCUAUGUUGAAAAUCAUUACCAUAGGACUUUAUUGUCCCCUGGCGUCCAUGUAUAUUGGAGAAGGGUGGUUAACACAUUAAUCAGACAUCUGGUUAUGCUGUAGUUAGAGUUGAUCAUUUUCAAUCAUGAUUUAUAUUAAACCUUCUAAGAAGCAUUUGAAGUGGCUUAAAAUUGUCAAAUACAUAAAACAGGACAAUUAAAAUUAGUUUUUGGAAUACUAAAAAAUGGGGGAGAGAGAGCUAUACCAACCCUAACAGAUUCUAAAAUCAAGUGGUAAAUUUAACUCCCAAAUUUCUCCAUGGUCACAGUCCAAAGUAAUACUGGGUUAUGUAACAGUUUUCUGUCAGUAAAACUACUAAUGCCCAUGGUAAGAAAUGUGUUCAAAUUUUUAUAAGAAUGUGAGAUCAUGUUCUUUUGACACAGAAUUCAGCCAGUAAUCAUACUGUAAUAUUUCAUGUAUUGAAAGUUUAAUGAAAAGACAUCAUUUUAGAAUGACAAGGAUUUGUCAUAUUUUAGUAGAAAAGACAACUGUAAAUAUGAUUUAUUUCUUUUUGGUCAUUCCUGCUUUGACUUGCCUUUAGCCUUGCAGUAGGUAGCGUCUGAUGUUUCCAGACUACCUUUCCUAAGAUGCAAAAUGUGAUUUACAUAAGUGAGAAUUUAUAUAUGGGGCUACUUAGUUUAAGAGCAUUUUGGGGACUGGCCAACAAGAUGCUCGGAAGCUCUAACUGAGUAUAACCUGCUCCAGGGAGCAGCCACACAUAUAGGAAGCUCUUAGAAAGGAACAGCUUUCCAGAUUGGGAAGAGAAUUUGCGAUCAGCCUGGCAGGAUGUGCUUUGGAUAAAGUUUGAGUUUGCCGAGAUGGAUGGCCCACAGUCUUAAAAUACUGUGAGCUAUUUUCUUUUGGAUGUGAUGGUGGAAUAUGAUAAAAGGGACUAUGUGUUUAUGUUUGGUGCUAGUACAGGAUUAGAAAAUUGAUCAGAUAAUUCCCAUAAGAUAAAGAUCCCUCAUCAACACAUUGUCAUCAGUCAUCUAUAAGA